AUGGCUUCUUUAACUCCGAUUGCCCAAUCCAUGUCCGUUUUCAAGAAUCCUGAACUCUCAAAGCCGGGGUUUUCCUUCUUCUCGACCUUCUCGCCGUCAAACCCACUUUUUCUUCGCGCUAAAAUCGGGAAUUUCAGGAUGCCCAUGUACAGAAAAGCUCCGGCAACAGCGAAUUCGACUGUGGUGAUGGCGACGACGGCGGCAGAGAAGCAGAAGAAGAGAUAUCCCGGCGAAGCAAAAGGGUUUGUGGAGGAGAUGAGGUUCGUGGCGAUGAAGCUACACACGAAGGAGCAAGCGAAGGAAGGAGAGAAGGAAACGAAAUCGCCGGAGGAGCAAUCGGUGAAGAAAUGGGAACCCACCAUUGAGGGGUACUUGAGGUUUCUUGUGGACAGUAAGUUGGUAUAUGAUACGCUUGAAGGGAUCAUCGACAACGCCACCUUUCCAAGCUAUGCCGAGUUCAAGAACACGGGAUUGGAAAGGUCAGAGAAAUUGGCUAAAGAUUUGGAGUGGUUCAAAGAACAAGGCUACGAGAUUCCCGAACCAUCUGCUCCUGGUAAAACGUAUGCCGAGUAUUUGAAGGAGUUAGCAGAGAAGGAUCCUCAAGCAUUCAUCUGCCACUUCUAUAACACAUACUUUGCCCACAGUGCCGGUGGCCGAAUGAUCGGGAGAAAAGUUGCAGAGAAGAUCCUCGACAACAAGGAACUCGAGUUCUACAAAUGGGACGGCGAUCUUUCUGAGCUGCUGCAGAACGUGAGGGAGAAACUGAACAAAGUCGCCGAGGAAUGGACGAGAGAAGAGAAGAACCAUUGUCUGGAGGAGACCGAGAAAUCGUUUAAGCAUUCCGGGGAGAUUCUCCGACUGAUAUUAUCGUAAUUUAACUCGGCGUUCGAUCCGAUCCUUGAUACAGUAACAGCUUGUGACAUUGUUCAUAUUUCUUUCUACCUACAGUUCUACGUUAUCAUCAAGAUUAUCCUUCUGAUGGCUAAAUCACGUUUCUUCAGCCUGUUCUUUGACGUUGUGGAUGCUUCUUGUGCGAUCUUUCCUUUGUUUCAUAUUUUAACAAAGGUUCUAAUACCAUAUAAA